UCGGGGGCUCGCAGGCACGCGAUAUUGAGAAGCUAUUGCGACAUAUCAGUCGUAAUCCAGCAACUUUUAAUAUCAGUCCCUGUUGGGGUGUCGUAUGCGGGAGUUCACCAAACGACUCAGAAGUUUAGAUGUUCUAACAAGCUUCUUCAAAACCGGUGUCUGAUCAGCUACGGUUUAUCUUAGAUACUGUUCAUCAGUGAUUCAGACAAUACCUAACAUGCAGCUGAGUAAACAUGAUGAACACAUUCACGUCAUGGAUGCCAGUACAAAUGUGUGGAACAUCAUAAAGGACAUUACAGAGACAGGACUACAGGAGGACCCAUUCUGUGUUUGUGAUAUUAGUGAUGUAAUAAAGAAACAUGAGGAAUGGAAAGUGCAAAUGCCCAGAAUCCAACCAUUUUAUGCAGUGAAAUGCAAUGACAGUCUGAAUGUGAUCAGAGUGCUGGCUGCACUUGGAACUUGCUUUGAUUGUGCUUCAAAGGCUGAAAUCAAUAAAGUUCUGUCUGUUGGUGUGGAUCCAAGUCGCAUAAUUUUUGCACAUCCUGCAAAACCAUUAUCCCACCUUCGCCAUGCAGCAGCUGUAGGUGUUGAUCUAAUGACUUUUGAUGGUGAACGAGAGCUUCACAAAAUAAAAAACGUGUUUCCUACUGCAAAGCUGGUGAUACGGAUACGAUGUGAUGCAGCUAUAGCAAAAAGCUGCCUGGGGAAGAAAUUUGGUUGUGACCCAGAGAGAGAGGCACCACAUCUAAUGAAUGUGGCCCACUCAUUAGGACUAGAGAUUGUGGGUGUCAGUUUUCAUGUUGGUUCUGGCUGUGGUGAUCCACCUAUUUAUCACAAAGCUAUUGCAGCAUCCCGAAAGGUUUUUGACCAUGGGGUGUUUCUGGGUUUCUCCAUGAAACUAAUUGAUAUUGGUGGUGGUUUUCCUGGUGAAAAGGGUUGCUCUUUAGACAGGAUAGCAGAGGUGGUGAAUAAUGCUCUGGAAGAAUUCUUUCCUGAUUGUGGCACACAAGUUAUAGCAGAGCCAGGGCGCUUUUAUGUUGCUUCUGCUUACACACUUGCUGCAAAUGUCCAUUCCAAAAGAGAGCUUAGUAAUGUAAAGGAUGGAUCCAUAACGUCAGUCAUGUACUAUAUAAAUGAUGGAGUAUAUGGUAGUUUUAACUUCAUAUUGUAUGCACCUGCAAAAGUGACACCAAUUCCUCUCAAAGGAACAAAGCAUGCAGUAUACCCAAGUUCUAUUUGGGGACCAACUUGUGAAGACAUAGAUAAAGUAGUAAACUUAACUUUGCUGCCAGAGCUGGGUAUUGGUGACUGGCUGGUAUUUGAGAAUAUGGGUGCUUACAAUUUACAAGUGGCAUCUCCCUUUAGUGGUUUUCCCACCCCAGCAGUGCACACAGUGAUUGAUGAACAUGGCUGGAGGCAGCUCAAAAAUAAGGAUCUAAUGAAAGAAACUCAUUUUGUCAUUGGAAACUCCCCAGAAAAAUUGCCUCCUGGGACUGGCAGGGACAACAUUGAUGAAAAGUCUGUCUUCUCAACAUAAGACUCCAAUAUAUUUUCAGGUUUUGUACUCGUAUAUUAACCUGCUGUGAGGGGACAUUACAAAUACAAGAAUUUUGACAUUUUUAUUAGACAGAGCAUGAGAGCUGCAAUAUAAAUUAUAUUUUUGUGCUUCAUGAAUAACAGAUAAAUAUUUGUUGUGCUCAUCUUCUGUGCAAAGCUACACUAGUAGCUACAUGAACAGCCAUAUGUUACUUUGUCUUUACGUCAAUGUCUCAUUUUGAAAAACUCCAAUGUACAAACAGCCUUUUUUGGUGGUAUAGAUGCAACAAUUUUGUUAUGUAUAGCAUUUCUGCAUGUAUCUGUAUGGAUAUGGUGUCAGUGUCUAGUAUUGUUACAGCAGAAUCUUAUCUUUUUCUGUGCAGGUAUUUUUAAAUGCCACAAAGAACACUGCAGUCUUAGGCACAGCAUGGUGUUACACAAUACUGCAUUCAUAAUGUGAUUUUCAUGUAUAUUUUUUGAGUAUAUGUUUUGUCAGACUGUUAGGGCACAGUUUGUUAAAUAACAUUGUGUACUGUACACCAUUACUUGAUGUGUGAAGCUUAAUAAAGCAACUGAGUUAUAAAUCUCCAUAUA